CUAAGAACUAUCAUUUCCUAUUCCCCACUCCUUCAACUAAAUAUCUACACUAGGCAAGAACUUUUGUACUAUUAGAUAUUCAUAAUCAAGACAAAAAAGAAAGGAAAAAACCAAUGUUGGCGAUAUUUCACAAGGCAUUUGCGCAUCCACCAGACGAGCUACAUAGCCCUUCGUCUAAAAGAUGUUUGCUACCUGAAGAAACUCUUGAAAAAUUCGUCUCAUCUCACCCCUCAAAUACCUCUUCUGUAAGCUUUGGAAAUGCUGCUGCUCUUGCCUUUGUUCGUCCUCACUGCACUUCCUUGCUUCAUCAAACACAAAGGUUGUUUUGUGGGUAUGAAGAUAUAUACUGCUUGUUUUUGGGGAGCUUGAACAACUUAUGCGCACAACUAAAACAAUAUGGGCUAUCAAAAGGUACAAAUGAAGCCAUGCUAGUAAUAGAAGCCUACAGAACAUUGAGGGACAGAGGACCUUAUCCAGCUGACCAAGUUAUUAAGGAUUUUGAUGGGAGCUAUGCCUUUGUAAUCUACGACAGUAAGACUGGAACUGUAUUUGUUGCCUUGGGUUCAGAUGGUGGAGUGAAGCUGUUUUGGGGUAUUGCUGCUGAUGGAUCUGUGGUGAUUUCUGAUGAUUUGGAGGUUAUUAAAGCUGGAUGUGCCAAGUCAUUUGCACCCUUUCCCACAGGUUGUAUGUUUCAUAGUGAGAAAGGGCUAAUGAAUUUUGAGCAUCCAAUGAACAAGAUGAGGGCAAUGCCAAGGAUAGAUAGUGAAGGGGCAAUGUGUGGAGCUAAUUUCAAAGUGGAUAUGUAUUCAAGGGUUAAUAGCAUUCCCAGAGUUGGAAGUGAAGCUAACUGGUCUGAUUGGAAUACCUCUUACUAAAAACCAUUUUGCAUUUCUCCAAAUGGACACCAUAUUUAAUUUGGUCAUCUUUUGAGCUGUCCUUUGUGUUUUUGGUUCCCUUUUUAGUGUCCUUUAGCUUGGUGUCUUCCUUUACUUUGUGUACCAAUGUAUAUAUCUCUUUUCCUGAAAAAUAAAUGAAAACAUCAACAAGGAUUCAGCUUUUGAAAAGUUUA